CCACGUCCAGUCCAGACCAGAGACAGCAUUUCCCUCACUCUCUAAUCACUACUACUUUCCCCCUUUGUCUCUAUCUCUCUCUCUUGAGGGAAAGUGGAGGAAGAAGAAGAAGAAGUGUCGCUGAAGAAUUUGAAGGCGGGGAAAAAGGAUGCGGAAGCUGUAGUUUCGUUUCAGGGGCUUAAAAAAGUUUUUUGAGCAAGAUUUGAAGAUGAGAAUGCCGAGAUUCCUUCCAUGGCUUCUGCUGCUCUUCUGCUUAGCCAUCUCUACUUGCUUCGCCAGACAAGGGCCAUGGGUAAUGCGAAUAAGCUGCGGAUCACGAGUCAACGUCAACACCGCACCUACCAACACCCGAUGGAACAAAGAUUUUGCAUACACAGGAGGAAUCCCAGCCAACGCUACAAAAUAUCCAAGCUUCCUCACUCCUCGACUCCCCACACUCCGCUACUUCCCUCUAUCCUCUGGCGGCCCCAACAACUGCUACAACAUCAGGCGGGUCCCGAAAGGCCACUACACAGUUCGGGUCUUCUUUGGCUUGAUCGAGGAACCCGACUUCAACACUGAGCCCUUGUUCGACAUCUCGGUGCAAGGCACGCAGGUUUACUCGCUGCAGGCGGGGUGGAGUACCAACGAUGAUCAGUCAUUCGUGGAAGCGCAAGUGUUUCUCCUCGAUCACACGGCAUCCAUUUGCUUUCACAGCACUGGUCAUGGCGAUCCGGCAAUCACCUCGAUCGAGAUUCUCCAGAUUGAUAAUCAAGCUUACCGUUAUGGCCCGGCAUGGGGGCAAGGGACUAUACUUAGAACUGCCACCAGGUUGAGCUGUGGUAAUGGGAAGCCCAAAUUUGAUGUGGAUUACAGUGGAGAUCACUGGGGUGGGGAUAGGUUUUGGGGUCCAAUUACGUCUUUGGGUUCAAGCUCUGAUCAACCUAGGUCUACAGAAGCUGGGAUCAAGCAUGCUACAAAUGCGCCCAACUUUUAUCCAGAAGCUCUCUACCAGACUGCUAUCGUGAGCACAGAUGCUCAGCCGGAUUUGGCUUACACUAUGGAUGUGGAGCCGAAUAGAAACUACUCGAUUUGGCUGCAUUUCGCCGAGAUUGAUGCUACCGUGACUGAUGUGGGGAAGAGGGUGUUUGAUAUAUUGGUUAAUAGCGAUGUGCAGUUCCAGGACGUUGAUAUUAUUAAAAUGAGUGGAGGUCGAUAUACUGCGCUAGUUCUUAACACGACGGUUCUUGUUAAUGGGAGGACCUUGACUAUAACUCUGCAUCCUAAAGAAGGGCAGUACGCUAUUAUCAGUGCCAUUGAGAUCUUUGAAGUUGUUAUAGCUGAGACCAAAACUCUUUCCCAGGAAGUGGCUGCUCUACAAAAGUUGAAGACGGCAUUGGCACUUCCUCCUCGAUUCGGGUGGAAUGGUGAUCCAUGUGUUCCUCAGCAACAUCCUUGGAAUGGAGCAGACUGCCAAUUUGACAGGACUAAUUUCAGAUGGUUCAUUGAUGGGCUUGGACUUGACAAUCAAGGUUUGAGGGGGUCGUUGCCAAAUGACAUAAUCAAAUUGCAAAGCUUACAGAGCAUAAACUUGAGUGGUAACAGCAUCCACGGGGCUAUUCCAUCGUCAAUAGGAAAACUAACCAAGUUGGAAGCAUUAGACCUAUCUUACAAUUCCUUUAACGGGUCAAUUCCUGCAAGUGUUGGGCAGUUGACAUCAUUGCGCAGACUGAAUCUCAAUGGCAACCAUCUAUCAGGAAGAGUCCCUGCUGAACUUGGAGGAAUGCUUUUGCACGGAGCUACCUUCAAUUUCACUGAUAAUGCUGGCCUUUGUGGUAUACCUGGACUGCGAACAUGCGGACCUCGCCUUACUGCUGGUGCCAAAAUCGGCAUAGCAUUUGCUGCAUCCGUGGCAUGCCUUCUUGUGGUCGUCUGCGCAACUUGCUGGUGGAAAAGACGGCAGAACAUUCUCCGAGCUCAGCAGAUCGCAGCAAGAGGUGCUCCAUAUGCCAAAGCAAGAACCCACCUCUCCCAUGACAUUCAACUGACAAGGCAUUACAAUAAUCAGAACCACCACUCCUCCCGAACAGCUGCUGAGAACGGACCUAGCUUGCUAUCGUGAUUAACCCGCAGCUCGACCCAUGUCGUACUUUUUCGACUCGUACUUCCUUCACGAGGGCUCCCCCCAAAAUGCCUACAGGUUGAAUUCGGAAAGCGAGUGAUGAGUCUGCAACUCGCAAUGGCUGAUAACCGAAUGAGUAGAUCCACCUCGUCGGCAGCAACUGUAUAUUAAAUUCUUUUCUCAAUCUACAAGGCAAUGUGACAUUGCAGUGUGUUAGAAAGGAGAAGGAAAAGGGUACCUGUUUGCAAUAUAGAUUAGAAUACUUUGGUUCCUUUUUUUUCUUAUGGGGUUCAUGGGGCAGUCUUGAUUUGUAUAAACAAUAACCUCUAGGUGGUGUCACAGUAUUCCCCAGUUGGACUGUAGAACUUACAACUCAGAAAGUCACAAAGUAUAAUUUUAUUUCAGUUUUGUAUGCACACUAGAU